GACACCUUCCUGGCCGCUGCCGGCGUCUGAAGCUGAGAGAAUUUACAUGAGUUUAUUUUAUUAUUCUUUUGUUGAGAGUUUAUAUUUUGUUUGGAGGGUUUUGUCGGCGGGUCUGUCUCCCCCUCCCCCCGGGGCAGGGAUGCAGGGCGAGGCCCCGGCCUGGGCCCCGGCUCCGGGCCUGGGAGAGGCGAUGGACCAGAGCCUGAGGCGGGAUCUCCUGGCCGCCGACCUCAGGUGCAGCCUCUUCAUCUCGGCCCUGCAGAGCUACCGGAGAGACUCGGUGCUCAGGCCCUUCCCAGCCCCGUACUUCAGCGGGGAGAACAAGGACUUCGAUGCAUUGCUUGCUGAUGCGCAGAACCUGCCAGACUUAAAACAGCUUCUACACUCUGGAAUAAUCCCGCACAAAAGAACUCUCGAACUUCUCAGCUGGGCCUGUUUGUCAAAAAACCUAACCAUUAAAAGUUUGGGAAAGAAAGGGUAUGAAGAAAUCCAGGAACUCACUGGGUUCACAACACCCACUGCUGCUACACCGGACUUCCUGUUUGAGAUUGUUUAUUGUGAUCAGAUGAAUGCCAAGUUCGAGGAAACCAAAGGCGACCGAGAUCUCAUCUAUGCAUUUCAUGGGAGCCGACUUGAGAAUUUCUAUUCUAUAAUUCAUUGUGGUUUACAGUGUCAUCUAAACAAGACGUCUCUCUUUGGGGAAGGAACCUACCUUACCAGUGACCUGAGCUUGGCUCUUCUGUACAGUCCCCAUGGUAACGGCUGGCACCAAAGUAUUCUCGGACCUGUCCUUAGCUGUGUUGCAGUUUGUGAGAUCAUUGACCAUCCUGAUGUUAAAUGCCAGGUUAAAGGAAAAGAUGCUCGUGGCAUAGAUCGACGUAGAGCAAGGGUGAGGAACAGCGAAGGUGGGGAUGUUCCACAAAAAUACUUUGUGGUCACAAACAACCAGCUGCUAAGAGUUAAAUAUCUGCUCAUUUAUUCAGAGAAACUGCACCGAAGAAGACCCGCAAAACAGCCAUCCUGGAUCUCCCGGCAUAGUUUUAUAGUCAUGAUGAUGCUGUAUUUGUUGCUCCUGAUAGCCAUUGGUGCCUGUAACUCACCAGCUUUCCAGUAUUACUGGAAUCGAUUUCUCGAAUCAAAGUGAUGAGUUUGUUGCUACAGUCUUGUUUACUGGCUAAAACAUGGAUGUGCACUACAAAACUUACCUGAUGCCUUAGACACCGCUGUUACAGAAAGGCACAAGUCUGGACCAAGAAGAAUUUAAUUUACUAAAACUAUAGACAACUUACUGUGCCAAGAAUGUUUUUCAGAUUUUGGAGUUUCUGUAUUGUUCCACUCCAGCUCUCUUAUGGUUGUAUUUAGUUCUGAUUAGCAUGUUCUUUUGUGUUGUUUGUGGGUGAUGAUUGACUGUGCUAGGGAAUGAAGCUGCUUUGUUUCCAAAUUGCAUCAGGCAGCAGUUUUCACCCCUGUGCUUAACGUGGUGCAGGUGUAGAUUCAUGUGCCUAUUGCAUUGGCUCCACCAAUUAGUCAAAGCUUAACAUGGAAGUGAAACCUUCAGUGCAGCUUAUUGACUUAGACUUCCAGUGCAUUGGAGGCAACUGAAACCAUUGCAUUUAGAGUUUACAUAUUACUGUCAAUUUUUAAAUUCUGACCUUGGCAGGCAUUGGAGAGCAGACAUCAUUGUGGCCCUGAAGCGAACCAAAUACAAAAUAAGGGGAUUAGAAAAACUUGAAUUGUUCCUAAUACUGUGAUGUAAAUCUGAUUAACAGAAGACCUUCCAAGUGUGUUAAGAUGCCUAUUUCAUACGUUCCUUACAGUAAUAGUAUAAAUGUGACACAUUUGGCAUCAAAUCAGCAGCAAUGUCCCAGUAACAGGCUCCUUAUUUGUUCUCCCUGCAUUCUUUAUCAAAAAUUCCAUGAUGAGAUCCUUAGGGAGUAAACAAGGGCUAUGAAAAAUAAUGUACAGUGAAUAAUUUUAUAAUAUACAUUUUAUAUCCUUGGACUGAAAUGUUACGUGGAGUUUGAUGUUAGUAAGCUGUAGAAUAGCAACUUGCCCAGUAGUACCUGCUGUAUCCUGCACAGAGUGCAGUCAAGGCUUUCUUGCUUUUAAUGUAAGUAUAAACCCAAGGGUUUAAUUGAUCAGAUAUGGAUGGCAGUUUUCAGGCUGCAGAGUAAGUUUAACCUUCUUUGGGUUACUGAAAUGAUUUCAGUCGAAUGUUACUGCAGCUUUUAUGGUUUUUAUAUUAUAACCUAUUCCUGUACUCAACAUGUGGGGAAAUAUUUAUCUAAUAUAUAUUAUACAUAUAUACACCUGAUUUGCUUUGUGCAAUAUUUAGUUAUGGAAGUAAUACCAAGAGUAAUGAGUAUUUCUAGCCAGUAAAUUUUCUAAAGUGUAAUUUUAGAUUUUGUCCAAUUUGACCACACUAACGUAUGGCAUCAAUAUAAUUGAAUUAGGAAAUGAGAUGUUUAGUAAACUAAUUCCCUCCAUUGCUGUGUCCCAAUAUUGCUUAAUCUAAUAGCACAGAGCACACCGAAAAUCAAAUAAUAACAGGCCAUGCUAUUCAUCCAGUGCCUACUUGGCGUUUUAAUCUACUUGGUUUGUUCUAGUUCCAGUUUACCUCAGCAUAGAUCACUUUCUAUUUCUUAAUAUUUGGUUACCAGCUGGAUAUUCCUUGAAACUGAUAUAAUAUCAAUGUUGUGACUUUGGUAGAUCAGAUUUUAUGUCUGGUUUGUUUAAGGGAAACCGUUACUUAAAUAUCUUUAUCAUUUUUAUUUAAAAAAAAGUCUGGCUCACACUGGUGAGGGGGUGGACAUUGGAGAAAACUCAUUUUGGAUUUGGGGUGCUUGGUGGAAUAUCUUUCCAAACUCUUGAGUGUUUGGCACAACAGUCAGUUAAUGUUUGCAAAAGCAUAUCUGUACUGGCUCUCUGCAUUGUGAGUUGCAAUGAAAGGCUAUUUUUUAUUUACCUUUCUGCACUAAUUAAAAGGGGACCAUAUCCAGUGGCCUUUAAACUUAUUGGUGUUACUUUCUCACAUCUUUUAUAUUGGUGUAAGAAUAUAAAUAAAAUAGAACAGGAGGAACAGUAAUCUGAUGAGGGAAAUUAAGUAAUUUUCCUCUUCCCCUUCCAAGUACUGGAUUGCAGUAAUGUAGAUUGCUCAAGUCUGACCCAGUGUUCCUGUGGUUAACAGGGGUAGAGAAAUAGCACUGCAUUAAGUAUUUGAUAAUGAAUAUCUAUGUUUGAAUCUUGUGUUUCACCAGAUAUCCCCAGUUUUUUCCGUUGAGGGAGAAUCACUUUCUAUGUGACUUAAAGUUCCGCAGGAAUCUGUGUUGGGGUCUCAACUAUUCACCGUAUUUAUUAGUGACUUAGAUGAUGAGAUAGAAAGCCUCAUAUCCAAAUUUGCUGAUGGCAUUAAGCUCGGUGGCAUUAUAAGCAGUGUAGAUGGAAGCUUUAAAAUACUAGGAGAAAUUGAUAGAUUUUAGUGAGCGGUUAAAUGGACUUCAAAGUAUGUAAAUGUGAAAUCAUCCACUUUGGACCUAAAAAGGAUAGAGCAAGGUACUUUCUAAAUGCAGAAAAACUAGAAACAAUAGAGGACCUAAGAGACUUGGAAGUCGAUAUAUGUAAAUCAUUAAAAUGUUAUGAAUGGGUGCUGAAAAGAAUUUAAACAGUUUAAUGGAAUGCUGGCCUUUUUAUCUAGAAGACUAGAUUACACGGGGGUAGAAGUCAUUAUUUAACUGUACAGAACCCUGGCUAGACGACAACUAGAGUACUUUGAGCAUUUCUAGGUACAGCACCUUAGGAAGGAUGUAUUGGUUUCAGAGGGAGUGCAGUGUAGAUUUACCAGAAUGAGACCUGGACUGCCAAGGCUGAAAUUAUGAGGAGAGAUUACAUAAACUGGAUUGUAUUCACUGGAUUAAGAAGGAUGAAGGGUGAUUUGUUUGAAGUUUUCAAAAUAUUAGGGCAAACAGAUAAACUAGAUAGAAAUAAACUCUUUCUGCUGGCUGAGGAGUCUAGGACUAGGGGGCAUAGUCCAAAAGUCAGAUUUUUCAGGAGUGAAAUUAGGAAAAACUUCUACACACAAAGGAUGGUAGAAGUUUGGAACACUUUCUGCAAAUGGCAGUUGAUCACGGAUUAAUUUUAAAUCUGAAAUUGACAGAUUUUUGUUAACCCAAGGUAUUAAAGGAGAUGGGGCAAAGGCAGGUACGUGGAUUUGUGUCACAGAUCAACCACAAACUCAUUGAAUGGCAGAACAGUCUCAAGGGGUUACAUGGCCUACUCCUGUUCCUACGAUCUGCCUUCUUCCAUUCUGGUUUCCCAAACUGUGUGCCUUUGGUGAGGUGCGCCCCACAAUCACCAGUGCUGCUGUUUAGGCAGCUGCUGCAUAGGACUUGCAUUAGAAUAGCUCAGUGACAACCUCCUGUCUGGAUUAGAGAGAUACUUGAUAUCAGUGCUUACAGCAGUCUGUGUCCUACAGGUCACUUUUGAUGGGAAUGCAUCCUAGAUCUGCUCCUCUAUGGAUUGAGUGUCAAGUCCUGUGAUCACAGUUUUAAAUUGAAUUAUGUUAAUUGAUAAUAAAACAGGUUUCGAAGAACUGGA